AUGUAUAAUACUUAAGCACUUUAAUAAACCAUUCAUAAUUAUUGUCUAUAAGUGCUCUAAACUGGUGAUUUUGCGGUAUCUUUUAAUCUCUAUAUUUUCUAUCUAGAAAAAUUAACAAAUCAUUGACCGUCUCAAAGCAUUUAUUUUGGAUUGGAAUAAUUUACCUCUCUUUAGAAACAUUGUUGAACAAGAUCAAAAACCAGAAACUAUUUUUGUACUUUAUACCCUACUUUAAAAAUCAGUUUCUAUGGGCUGUAAAUUCAUCAAUGUACUUCAAACUCCAAUAAAAAAAUAAUCUACUUUCGAAGAAUUGGAAAUGUAUUGCACAUCUUUUAUCUUAGCAAAGAAAAACAUCAUUACACAACUAUUGUUACUAUACAUAUUGAAAUUGUUAUCACUUAUUUCGCUAAAAGUUUAAAUCAUCCAAAUCAUGUAUAAAACACGGUUCUAUUUACUUUGGCUUUUCUCAUUAGAAAAUACUGGACAGAUACAUCUAACUCUGAUUAACUAUUAGAUAAAUUGAUUAACACAUUUUUUAAUAGUCAAAAUUAUACAGUCUUAACUCUAGGAUGUAAACUAAUUGAAAAUCUCUUGGUUUGUGUCAGAUCCUAUUAUUAUGCAACCAGCUAUCUGGAAUUCAGAAAAAUUAUGAUGAGUUUCUUAAAGUAAAAUUUAAAUAAAUUCAUUUUAGAUAAUCUUUAAGCAAACUCUUGUGUUCUACUCACAAACUAAUUAUUAGCUAAUUGUAACAUAAAAAUCUUCUAUAAUUAUAUUAAGAAGAUAAGACAUAUGUUGAUUCAUUAGUCUAAUUAUUAAAUUCGUUCAUGUCUUUUAAUUUUAAUCUAAGCUUUUAUGAGAUUGAAGCAGACCAAGAUCAAAAGGAUAACUUUCUUAUUAAUGUAAUAAUUCUAAUUAAAAAAAUUAAUUUAGUUUCCCGACUUUUACAUUUCAAUAAUAACUGAAUUAAAACUCAAUUAAGAAAUAUUUAGAUCCAUUAUUGACUUUUACACUUUAGAUUAAACUAUUUCAAUUAAAUUAAUAAAUAUUAUACAAAGAAUAGCAGUUGCAAGACUUUAAAUAUAUUUUGGAAAACGCCCUUCAAAAAAAUUAGUGAGAAGAACACUGUGGGAAGGAUUGUUGUAUCUAUUGAAUAACCAUCAAAUAUAUAUUAAAAAUUACGAUUUUUGCUAUGAAGUUUGUAUAUUUGCAAUUAAAUUAGUAGUAAAUAUUUGAUAUUUAAUUAGUCAAACUUUACACUUAAAAAAUUGAAUAAAUUUUCAGAUUUGUUUGAUUAAUGUAUACUCUAAUUUAAUUAAAUAAAUCAAGCAAUCUUAAGUAAUUAUUAAAUCAAGGUUCAGGCAAACAGUGUAUUUAUCAAAUUACAAGAAGUAUGGCAUUCUUUUUAAACAUAAAUUAACAAAUAUAAAUAAAGUUUCUUAACUUAAUAUUCGAAUCUAUCGAAUUCUAUUAAUUUUAGUUUUAAACUCCUAAUUUAGGCAUUUUAUAAUGGGAAUCCGUUUGCAGACAUUCCUUCAAGUAUUCCGAUUAAAAAAAUAAAAAAGUUUAUAAAUAAAAGUUUUAGAUUAUGUGCUUAAGUAUAUCAAUAAAAUGCAGUUGAAUGUACAAAUCUACUCUUGGAAUCAAUUAAAAAUAUUUCAAUCUAUGUAUUAAUUAUUUUGAAUUAUAGUAAAUCUAGUAAAUAGCUGAAUAGGAACAAAGGAUUUUAUUAUGUACUUUUAUUAAUUGAUUAAUAGAAAAACUGAGUUCAUUACUAUGUUUGAUAUCAGCUUUUGUUGUGAGUCCAACUUAAGGUGAGUUAUUGACUGGAUAUGAUUAUUAUGGCUAAUUAAAUAGAUAAGAGAGACCCCCUUAGUUUGGCCAAUUAAUUAUCUAUAUUUUAGAAAUAAUAUCUUUUACUAAUAAGAUCAAUUUUAUAGCCGUAACUCCUGACAUGAAAUAUAUUAUCAAGAUGUAUCAUACAAGUUGUUUGAUUUUCAUACAAACUUACAUUAUACAAACUAUUGAAAGUGUAUAUUAUGAUGAAAUCACAAAUAUUGUAAAUUCUUAAUCAUAAUUGUAUUUAUAAACAUAUUGAUCUAGAUAAGCAAGUAUUUUUCGUGAUUUAGCAAGUUAAUAAGAUUAUUUAGCAAUUAUGGAAACCUGUUUAGAAAGAUGGUAUUAGUUUAAAUAAAUUAAGUUAUUAAGUCUUGACACUGAAUGAUCCUGAUUUAGUUGAAUACAGCUUGUAAAUCUUAUAAUUUACAUAUGAGAAGUAAAUUAUAAUGUUAUAAUAGAUUAAAGAAGUAACUUGAUAGAAGAAUAUUUUAAGGAAGUUCUGUAAAUAAUAUGUUAAAGUAAUUUUAUCUCUAAAUGGAUUUAACUUGUUUUAAUGAUGUUUAGUAUAUUAAAAAGAGAAAACUUAUAUACUAAUUGAUUGCUCUUGUGUGGGUUGAUGAUCAAAUGGAUGAUUAUGUUCCAGCUUUGGUUGACAUGUAUAAAUAAAUAAAGAAAUCAAUCGCUGUAGAAGCAGACAAAAUAAAUAUGCUUAAAUAUAUUUGGGAUAUGAUUGGAUUAGCAAAUGAAUUAGAAAUGGAUAAAAUUUAUAGAAUCUUUUUACGAAUUGUGUAUAAUUAGAGAAUUUAUUUAGUUUACCUGAUUUACAAAGAAUAUUACACCCAGAAUAUGUUUAAUUUUUUGUCUCAGAUUUUGAUUCAUCUAUUGGAUUGACCUCUUUAAUUUGUUCGAUUUUCAAAAACAAGUAAACCAUAAAUUUAAUUUAGGAAUACAAGAUUAUCAAAUGAAAACAUAUAAUUAGUUCUUUACACAAUUUAUGGAUAAGCAAAAAAUUAUUUUAUAGCAUCUAUUGACUAUUUAUUAACCUAAGCUUAAUUAUCAUUUUAAAAAGGUUAAUAAGUUUAAGAAAAUAUUUUGAAGAUGGCUGCUAAAUUACUUAAAGUGAUGGGAUAAAUAUCUAGUUCUAAAUAAAUUAAUUAAGGAUUUUUCAUAAUCUAUUAAACGAAUUUUUGCUUAGAUUUGUUUAAAAAAUAAUUAUAACUCAUUAUAAUUUAUAGACCUUUAUUCUAAAAUUUGAUGAAAUACAAACGUUAUCUUUUUGAAUGUCUUGAAGGAAUAUGUUAAGAACACAGUGAAACAUUAACAUAUAGAUGUACAGCAGAAACAUUUUUAGAGUUAUUUGAAUUAUCAGAAAAUGUUUUGAAAGAUAUUCUUAAUUUUAAAUCUAUAAAAGGCGAUGAAUAAAUUAAUGAGGAAGCUAUUUAAUUAUCAUAAUUAGCAACCAUUUUAGUUAAUUCUAUAUAAUUUUUGAUUCAGGAAAGUAUUAUUGGAGAAGAAAAAGACACAGAAAUUAUCAAACUUAAGAUGUCUGAUAUCUAUUCACAAGGAAAACAAUUAUUGCAAUCUAUUUUUAAAUAAAGUUUUAUGGUAACUGUUGCCUUUCCUAAAAUACCAAAAUUCUUAUAACCUAAUUCUGAUAUCAUUUUUGCAAUUUCCUUAUUUGAUCCAAAAGAAGUAAUUUUCAAUUCCUUAAUUAGUUUUAAAAUCUUCUACUACAACUGAUUUAAGAGUACAAAAAUUAGUUAUGGCUAUCAAAUCUUAUCAUAGAUCCAAUAACUAUAGGAUAUUAAAGUAAAUUUUAAUUUAAUUUUAAGAAUUGUAAAACUAUUUGAAUAGUUUCACAAAAGAUAACUUUACUAAACAAAUAAAAUAUGUACUUGAAUAGAUUUGUCAUGAUACUUGA